AGUAAGUACCUAGUGGGCCAAGGUAUAUUAGGACACUUGGGGAACUGGGUCAGCGUAUGAGGCGUGACUAUGACGGCAUGACGACAGUCAAAUCGCGAAGCAGGAAUGACGACGAUGGAAGAACCACGACGGCAUAACGACCACGAGCAAAUACCUAGUGGCCCAAGCUGGCGGACAACUUGGGCCACUCAGUCCGCGUGAUGGGCAGGUAGGCGAAAACAGCUGAAUUAGGCAAAAAUGCUUAUCACGUGAAAAUUUGUAUUGUGUAUUUAGGUCAUAUCGCAUAUUUUGCCGCUCAAGAUAUUUCUGAGUGAGGAACUUUUCUAGGCUUCGAUUUGUGUAUACCUAAUAAUAGAACUUUCGAUGUCCUUUGCGCAGCUGCAUGAAAGUAUAAUAGCGGUCGCAGUAAGCGGAAGCACUCCUUCUUGCAUCACAGGUACUUGUUUUCACCUGGGUAUUGUCUUUGUUUUAUUUUUUCUGUUGAAUGCUCAAUAUGUGCACUCAGGGGCCAACUGGAAUUAAAAACAGUCCUUCACCUUCACUCCCUAAGGCUGGAAGAAGAAACCGGUACUGUUGUAAUAAUCAUGCCCACCCGCACAAUGCCUACAAAUUCAUACUUGUCACUCGUACUGCUGCUUGGGUUCCUAACAACUAUCGUAAGCUGGGACAAAGGCCAAAAGGGCAGACUGCCGUCGUGUCCUCCUCCGAAGUGCCAACACCCAGCACAACCAAAUGGCUGCUGCUUCAUACGGCAGAAUAAAUGCGUCUGCCACUGUGUUAAAUCUGCAAGCCACUGCACAUUCGAAUCAACGAAACUCUGCAGAAAUGAGGGCAUACCAGCUUGCACCAAGGAAUUAGGUAAAACUGUCUGCCACUGUGUAAAUCGUGCACAACACAAGCCGGAACUUCCACCCAAGAAUCCCGGAAGUCCAGGCCGGUCGUCUUGCGAAUUGACAAAAUGCUACAAUCAUGCACUGCCACUGAACUGCUGCUUGAUGAGUAAAGGCCAAUGCUAUUGCCGCUGCGUGGCGGCUAAUACCCAAUGCAAGUCCGAGUGGGCCUCGACUUGUGGCGCCAGAGCCACACCGGCUUGCACUGUUCAAGCGGGAAGAACGCUUUGCAAGUGCAUACCAGGCCAUCCACUACCAGCACUUGUGCCUAGUACUGGUUCUGGGAAACCAGGAGGAGCAGGAGGUGGUAUUCUUCCUUCUUCAUGUCGUUUGACUCCCUGCCCGGCGGUGUCAAGCAAAAGCUGCUGCUUGGUGAAAGACCAGAAAUGCCAGUGCGCAUGCGUGAAGAUUCAGACGAGUUGCUCAGUCACGUGGAUAGGGAUCUGCAAGCCACCUUUUGUGGUCAAGUGCGAGAAGGCCGAACGAGUGUGCCAUUGUGUAUCUUCUCGUAUUGUUGGCCAGUUGGAAGGUUUGUCUGUUGGCAAGGAGCAGCGACGCUCCGCAUCUUCACCUUAGUCGAAAGCAAGCUGGUGCGGCCGAUGAAGAUGACGUUGUCAGGAAUUGUACAGCAAAAAUGUUGCCUGCAUGUUGGAAAGUUCUCUUUCAUUUUCAGGGUGCCUCUUCAAAUCAGGGAUAAAAUAAAUGGGAAGAGUUAAAUCAAAGUGCUUUUCUUUUGUCAUCCCGUGCAAUACCUGGUACCAACUAGUAGCCCUGACAUACGCAUAGGUAAAUUUCUUUCUUCGGAACGCAACGCCUGAAGAAGACACGCUUGUCGAUGCGAAAUGACAAACCACGAAGGUCAUCAGCAAACAAACUCAGCACAGCGCACAAUAAAGUGGGAAGCCUCGCUGACCAACGUCGACUUCCGGGACCAGCUCGAUGUGGUCUUGAGAGCCCGCCGGGUAGCAGCGACUUCAUGGUGUCCUAGGCUGAAGGCUCGACCCAUGACUGAGGCUAUCCGGUGGGGAGCAGUCCCGUGCAAUAUAUAAACCAGUGAAGUUUCACUUUAUCUCCCUUUUUCAGCAUCAUUCAAAUGAUGGCGUUAUUGACGGAUCUAUAUGAAGAAAUUAAAUUUUGUGCGGACUGGUAUUUUGUAUUUUAAGUUGUUUAUCUUUACCACAAUUGUAGUGAUUCUUGCAAACAUCAACCAUAGCUUCAACGACACGUUUCAAUGAUGAAUAAAACUAUAUGCAGCUGUGUGUAUGCGUCUACGUUACAUGCCAGUGGAAGAAACUCAUUAACUUUUUUUUCGGUUUGUUUGCUGCAAGUCAUUUGUACACUGACA